CAUUUCCGGCCAUCAAGUCGAGGCUUUUUGCCAAUGACCUCCUCGCUUGGAUUUUGAAUCGGCUGCCUCCGAAAUCUAAUUUCCAAUAGGCAUUUCCAGUUGCGAAGAUGGUCGCUCUCAAUCAAGUCGUGGCCGAUGGCGCCCAUUUGGUCGCAAGGGCCGUCGAAUAUCAAAUUCGGCAGGCCACUUCGACAGUAUUGAGUUCAAGCGGCUCUGCGACGCCGUCUCCGUCUCCCACAUCCGGCUCUUCCAUUUCGUCGACAACUUCGCCGACCGCAUCCCCAGACCCUUCCGCUGGCAACAGCAACAAUAACGAUCAGAACAAUGGUGGACAGUCGUCGACUAGCUCUCCUUUGCUAUUCUUUGUUGCGUUGGGGUUUGGCGUUGUCUUCACGAACCUAUGGAUUAUUGUCGGCGUUAAGUAUUGUUUCAGAUAUAAUGCUCGAAAUCGACAGCUGCGAGGAUUGGAUGAAAAUGGCGAGCCCAUCAACCUUGAGAAUAUGCCUGCCCGGCCGCAUAGAAGACGUCGUGAGAAGAAGUUGAUGACUAUGGACGAAGUCAAUGAAAAAUUCCCUAUGAUGAAAUACAAGGCUUGGGUGUCAGCACGUGCGAGAGAAGGAUUGCCAACUGCCGGCGGCGUAUCUGCACCAGCGAGUCGCGCUAAUAGCGUAAUGAGCGUCGAAGGUGUCGUGCCAGAAAUACCAUCUAAGGAACCAUCUCAUACUGAAGAGCACCCUGACUCUGCCGCUAUUCCGGAACCUGUAGGUCACGAAAAGCCGAACACCAGCCCGGGGAUCCAGGACAACGCAUCGGACGAUAACGUUGCUGCUGAAAACACUCUUACCCAAUCAAAAACCGCCGAGAGUACUAUUACGAAAGAUCAUGAUCGCCGUGCAAGCGUCGAUGAAGACGACGAGGACGAGCACAUAGAUGCCGCCCUGCCUCCCGAGCUUGUUGGUACACAGGGCGACACGUGCGCUAUCUGUAUCGACACGCUCGAGGACGAUGACGAUAUCCGUGGCUUGACCUGUGGUCACGCUUUCCACGCAGUUUGCAUCGAUCCCUGGUUAACCAACCGGAGGGCUUCCUGUCCUCUCUGCAAGGCCGACUACUAUACACCUAAACCCCGCCCGCCUCCUGCAGACGGGGACCCGACUAGUCCUACAUCCCCUAACGUUGAUCCGACUCGAAACAAUGGCCGUAUGAGCUUGCCGAGGACUCCGCAACGUACGUUUACUUCGUGGAGUAAUUUCCGGGGAGGCCCGCGUGGUAUGAUUCCGGGUCGCUUCGGGGGUGUGGGUACGGAAUCGUCCAAUUAUAGUCGACCUCCUCGAAUAUGGGAGAGAAAUCGCGCAGACCGCCGACGCCACCCCGAACCGCAGCCGGCCGCAUCGGAUAACGCAGGUCUUUUCACAAGAGUUCGCAGUCGACUCCCACCAUUCAGGUUGAAUGAGCUGAUGCGAAGGGAACGCAACGGGCAGACAGCGGAAGCUGAUGAUGUCACUGCUUCCGGUGCUAACGGCGCCGCAAAUACCACGCCCUCGCAGUUGGAAGCAGGUGUACGGCCGUCGGGAACUACGGCGAAUUAAGAAUUCCUAAUCUCCAUAGAACGUCGGCUUAAUCAACGGAAUAUAUAAAUGUUACAUUGUUUACUGGUGGCUUUUUCGAUUAUAUCAUGUACACGACAUCGCGAAAUGAGCUCGCAUAUCAUACCCUUAUUGUGUGCUCUGAAUUUCUCUUUUCAUCUUCACUUUUCCUACGGCUGUUGAUAUUCUGCUAAUACCUACCUGUCCGAUGCGAAGGAUUGAGUAGGCCGAGCAAGAAGGCGGGAGCAC